GUCCAGCACCCGGGCAAAGAGCCCUCGAGCCCCCGGGCGGCCGCGCUCCCCAUGCCCCUGCACCCAUCGCCCAGGGCCGAGCUGGGCACGGCGCUCUGAAGAUGGGGGACCAGAAGGACGCCCUACGGAAGAUCAUCACCACGCUGGCCGUGAAGAACGAGGAGAUCCAGAACUUCAUCUACGGCCUCAAGCAGAUGCUGCAGAACGUGGAGGCGAACUCCACCAAGGUGCAGGAGGACCUGGAGGGGGAGUUCCAGUCCCUGUACUCCCUGCUGGACGAGCUGAAGGAAGGCAUGCUCAUGAAGAUCAAGCAGGACCGGGCCAGCCGGACCUACGAGCUGCAGAACCAGCUGGCUGCCUGCACCAAGGCGCUGGAGAGCUCCGAGGAGCGGCUGGAGACGGCCAACCAGACGCUGGAAGGGGCCGAGAACCACGACUUCAACCAGGCUGCCAAGCAGAUCAAGGAUAGCGUGACCAUGGCCCCAGCCUUCCGGCUCUCGCUCAAGGCCAAGGUGAGCGACAACAUGAGCCACCUGAUGGUGGAUUUCACCCAGGAGCGCCGCAUGCUGCAGUCCCUGAAAUUCCUCCCAGCGUUCAUGUUCCGCUUGGACGCCAGCACCUGUCACCAGAACCUGAAGGUGGAGGAGCUGAGCGUGGAGUGGGACGCCAUGGGGGGCAAGGUGCAGGACAUCAAGGCCCGGGAGAAGGACGGGAAGGGCAGGACGGCGUCCCCGGUGAACUCCCCCGCCAGGUGCCUGCAGUCUCCGAAGAGGAUGCCCUCGGCCCGCGGGGGCAGGGACCGCUUCACGGCCGAGUCCUACACAGUGCUGGGCGACACGCUGAUUGACGGGGGAGACCACUACUGGGAGGUGAGGUACGACCGGGACAGCAAGGCCUUUGGCGUGGGCGUGGCCUACAGGACCCUGGGCAAGUUCGACCAGCUGGGCAAGACCUCGUCCUCCUGGUGCGUCCACCUCAACAACUGGCUGCAGGUCAGCUUCACCGCCAAGCAUAACAACAAGGCCAAGGUCCUGGACGUGCCCGUGCCCGACUGCAUCGGCGUCUACUGCAACUUCCACGAAGGUUUCCUGUCCUUCUACAACGCCCGAACCAAGCAGCUGCUCCAUACGUUCAAGGCCAAAUUCACCCAGCCGGUGCUUCCUGCCUUCAUGGUUUGGUGCGGCAGCUUCCACGUCUAUUCUGGACUGCAGGUCCCCAGCACUGUCAAAUGCCUCCAGAAGCGAAACAGCGCCACCAGCAGCUCCAACGCCAGCCUGACUUAGACGCACGUGGCCCCCUGGCGCGGUGGGACCGGGCCACCUCCUGGCUCCCGGGAACCAGGGAAAGACGCACGGUGGCCUGUUGAGUUGUCUUUCCUCCCGGUUCCUGGAAGGCUGCUCGAGGCGGAGAGGCUGGUGCUGCAGCCACUCGAACGCUCUGAAUGUACCGAGACUUAUCUACCUACGAUUGUAAACCUCCCUCCCCCUCCCAGAGCAUCCCUUCCCGCCUCCUCACACUUGCCUUUAAGAGACAGGGGCACGUCCACGAGCCAGCCUCGUGCCAAAAGCAGGCCGUGCAGAUGACCGCCUUUAAGCGCACCCCGGUCUCAAGUCCAGGGGAUGGGGCCUCCUCUGGCUGAAAGCGUUUGGUGUGGUUUUUUUUUUUUUUUGGUCCUGGCAGUCAUAAAACCCGACGCUUAAAGGUGGUACCGGGAACGUGGGCACUCGUCUGCUUUUAGAGCCCGUUAGCCUCUCGGAUGACAAAAGCUGCUUCUGGCCUUAAUAAUAAACCUAG